AUGAGUGAGGUAGACGAACUGGCAGUCAAGUUCGAGAAGACGCUUGGGUUUAAGGAGACCAAGGUCAAGGAGAUUCUGAAGAACACGAAGGUGUCAGGGUCGUUGGACGAGAUCCUGGCCGAGGCUGGGGUGGAUGAGGCACAUCCUGUAGAGGACGCAUCGGUGGCUACUUUGCUUCAUUCAUUGGCUCAAUUGUCGAAAGAUGCUGACGAGCAAUUGAAAAAGGGAAGAAAGAGUUUGUCUGACUUGAUUGCUAAUAGUGGAGGACAGAUCAAGACCAAUGUUCAAUUGAACGGUGGUUGGGAUUACAUUGUCCGAGUAGUCAAAGAUGGCAAAUCUGUUGAUAGAGAAGAAUUGGAAAAGGAGUCCGGUGUUGGUAUUGUGGUUACUGAUGACCAGAUCAAGGAAUCGGUGGCAAAGUAUAUUAAAGAACACGAGGCAGAGCUCGUGGAGAAGAGAUAUAAACUGGCACCUACUGUGAUUGUGGGUGUUAAGCAACUGCCAGAACUCAAAUGGGCCAAUCCAGCUGCUUUCAAACCUAUUAUUGAUGAGCAGAUUCUGGCUUUAUUGGGUCCCAAAGAUGAACGUGAUGUGGUUAAGAAGGAGAAAAAGAAGAAGGCUGAUACAAAACCUGGUGCUGCUGGUACUGGAUCAGAUGCCAAAUCUGAUUCCGGUGCUGGAGCUGGAGCUGGUGCUGGAUCAGCUCGAUCCAUGUUUACGGAAGGAUUUUUGGGCAGUUUACACAAACCAGGUGAGAAUGCUCAAAUAUAUCCCGAGCGGAUGAAAGAGCAUCUCAAGUUCACGGGCGGUCAUGUCAUGACCCGAUUCCCCCCUGAACCCAAUGGAUACCUGCACAUUGGACAUUCCAAAGCCAUUGCUAUUAAUUUUGGAUUUGCUCAAUAUUACAAUGGCAAAUGUUAUCUUCGUUUUGACGAUACAAACCCCGAGGCUGAGGAGGAGCAGUACUUUACAUCUAUUAAGGAGAUUGUCGAAUGGCUCGGUUUCAAGCCAUGGGCUAUUACCUACUCUUCUGAUUAUUUUGAUCAAUUGUAUGAACUGGCGGAGCAGCUCAUUUUGAAAGAUUUGGCCUAUGUUUGUUUCUGUACAGCUGAAGAAAUGAAGGCUCAUCGAGGUAUUUCUGAAGACGGUACUAGAGGCGGUAAACGUACUCCUUGUAAACACCGAUCACAAUCGACUGAGGAGAACUUGAAGCUGUUUAGAGAAAUGAGAGAUGGUAAAUAUGCCAAGGGAGAAGCUACGUUGCGAAUGAAACAGGAUCUCGAGAACCCCAAUCCCCAAAUGUGGGAUCUGGUGGCAUACCGGGUGUUGAACGCAACUCACCACCGAACAGGCGAUAAGUGGAAGAUCUAUCCUACCUAUGAUUUCACCCACUGUCUGGUGGAUUCUAUAGAAAACAUCUCGCACUCGCUGUGUACAUUGGAAUUCUAUCUUUCCAGAGAGUCGUACGAUUGGUUGUGUAAUGCCCUUUGCGUGUACAGACCGCAGCAACGCGAGUCGGGCAGACUCAAUGUUACCGGUACUAUUAUGAGCAAGAGAAAGAUUCUCAAGUUGGUUAAUGACAAGAUUGUUCGUGGCUGGGACGACCCUCGAUUGUUCACCCUUGUGGCCAUUCGUCGUCGCGGAGUUCCUCCUGGUGCUGUUUUGUCGUUUAUUGCCGAGCUCGGUGUUACCACCACCAACAGUACUAUUCAAGCGUCGAGAUUCGAGAAUUCCGUGAGAAAGUACCUUGAAGACAGUACACCACGAUUGAUGAUGAUUCCUGACCCAGUUCCUGUGAUUCUCGACAACCUUCCUGAGGACCAUUUGGAGUUUGUGUCGGUGCCAUUCAAGCCUGGUAACCCCGACUUUGGCGAGCACACGGUGCCAUUUACACGAACUGUGUAUGUCGACCGUAGCGAUUUCCGUGAAGAGGCAUCGAAAGACUAUUUCCGAUUAGCACCUGGUCAGUCUGUUGGACUUUUGAAGGUGCCUCAUAAUAUCCGAGUGACAUCGUUCAAGAAAGACGAUAACGGACUGGUGACUGAGAUCCAUGCCCAUUAUGAAAACGACAUUCCAUUUAAAAAGCCCAAGACUUUCAUCCAAUGGGUAGCCCACGCCCCUGCACACAACUCGCCAGUACGUAUUGCAGAAACCAGACUGUUUAACCAACUGUUCAAGUCCGAGAACCCUGAUUCUAACCCCGACGGGUACCUAGCCGACAUCAACCCCGACUCGGAAAUCAUUCUCCGCAACUCCAUCAUCGAGACCGGUUUCUUCGAAGUCAAAGAACGGUCUCCCUGGACCAUCACCAAACCCGGCGAAGAAAAAGAUAUCCUCGCUGGCCACGACAAGAAGGGCGCUCCCGAAGCCGUCCGUUUCCAAGCACUCCGCGUCGGGUACUUCUGUCUCGACAAAGACUCCACCCCCGACAGCAUCGUCCUCAACCGCAUCGUCACCCUCAAAGAGGACACCGCCAAGAACAACUAA